GCGUUUUUCAAAAAACAUGGAUAGUUUCAAGAUCUUUAUCGAUACCCUUACGGUUCCGGAAAUUUUUGCAAUGUACAGGCAAAGAAUGUUCCGGCGGUACGGUUUAUUAAAAACGGUAAAAGAUGUGCUAAACGAAAAAAUUAUUUUUGGUGGUCUGGUAUUGAUACCACAAUUAGAAAUGAUGUAUCGGCAACUGGCAAGGGAACUUCUGUAUUUUGAGCAACGUAACAUGGCCAGCACAACGCCAACACCAAUUUCGCGAAGAAAACUUGCGGCGUCGAAAAGGCCUCGGGCUGUAAUUGAAUUGAGCGACGACGAUGACGACGCGUUAGUAAGAGAGUAAAACCGCAAAACCAGCAACCUGAAGCUAAUAAGUCGACUACAACAUUGCAAAGAGGCGGUGGAGCCGAGGAAGUACCAGACUAUCAAAAUCCUCAACCGUCGACAUCACGACAAAACGAUGGAUUCAAUGACAAUGAGUUAGCUGAAUUAUUCAGUAGGCUGGAUGAGUCAAUAGCAUUGCAAAAUGGUGAAGGCGGUGCUGGGGACGGUGGAGAAUUACCGCAAAUUGUGAGAAAUAACCAGGCAGUAGUAACGACUCCUCAAAAAAAACGAUGAAUCUCUUCGGUGCUAUUUUAAUAAACUUGACGAAACGGAGAAUUUCAUCAAACGUUUUAACCUAACAUCGAGAUGCAUUAGAUUAACUUUUAGGGAGUUUGAAGAUGGCGCAAAGGAGAAUCCGAUGGCAUACAUAAAAGUAAUACAUUAAAAAAAUGGUGUAAUAACAAGUUCUAAUUAUGAUAUGUUUUUUGGAAAUGUGUUAACGAAAUGUUGGCCUACGUUGGUCAAAGUUGUAUGGGAGACGACAUGGUCGGCGUUAUGAUUGAAAACGAAGAGUUUCCUGACAAACCCAUUGGCAUCAGCUUCAGGAAGUACAGGGAGCUAACAGCCGCUGGUAUGCUCAACGUAAUCGCGAAGGUACUUCAGAGCAACGCCACCUUCUUCACCAACGAUUUGUUAAGCAUCCGAUUCGACCAAGUAUGUCUACCCGUAGGUCAAGGUUUCAGGGAUAAAAACACCCGAUAAUGAGGAUAAUAAUUUAUGUUUAACAUAAGUAGAUAUGCUGUGCCGGUUCAAAUUCACUUCGUCUGCGCAUGCGCCAUUUCAGGGAUUCCAACCAUCAGCCAGCUUAUGCACUGAGGAUAUGGUGACAUGUCCCUAUAAUAACCUACAUAGGCUAGUAUGGCACAGGAUGGCCAAACACAUUUUUAAGUGUCACAGAGAAGAGGACGCAAAAAGAAAAAGAGAGUCCGAAAAUAAACAAAACGUAGAAGAUCAGACAGAAAGUUGGGAUAACGGAAAUUAUCUUAAUAAAAAUAAACAAAACGCCGAAGAUCAGGAAGAAAGUUGGGAUAACGAAAAUUAUCUGACUGAAAAUAAACAAAACGCAGAAGACCAAGAAGCAAGUUGGACUAACGAAAAUUAUCUAACUGAAAAUAAACAAAACGUUAACGAUCAGGAUGAAAGUUGGGAUAAUGACGAUUAUCUGAUUGAGAAUAAACAAAAUUCCGAAAAUGAAGAGGAAUGUUGGGAUAACGAAAGUUAUCUUAUGUAUUAAUACAGUAUAAUUGUGGAACUGUGAAAUAAAUAAGCUAGAAAAUAAAAAAGCAUUUAUAAAACGUAGUUUUCUUUGGUAAAUGCCCUGUAUAAUUAAAUAAAAGUAGACUCAUAUGAGAUCUAAAACAGAAACCUGUUCCCAUUUCCUCAUCAAAAAGUAUGUGCCCUUUCUCACUGUUUACACGCAAAGUUUCACCUGUAGUCAUUACAUCCUUAAAUGGGGUUGGAAAAUAUUUGAAUAGUGUACUAGCAUAAAUUUGUCAAAAAAUUGUACAACAAUUGUACUUCAAAAUCAUCGAUACAAUCUAAG